CCAGAGCUGUGUGCCUGCCCUGCAGUGGCCAUGGCCAGCCAGUCAGUCUUCGUCGUCGCUAUAGAUUUUGGCACGUCCUACAGCGGGUACUGUUUUUCUCUUGCUUCAGGUACGGACCAAAUCCGCCAGGUUUACUGGGGAGCAGAGCAUGGUGUAAAGACCCCAAAGAUGCCUACGAGCAUCUUGUUCAACGAGAAGAAGGAGUUCAAAUAUUUUGGUUAUGAUGCUGUGAUGAAGUACAAGAGCCUGCCCUCCAGCCAAGCUGACAGCUGGUACUUCUUCCAGAACUUCAAGAUGCAGCUGUACAACACGAAUGUCACAGCUGGCAUGAAGCUGAAAGCCACCAAUGGAAAGUUCCUUCCUGCCUUGACAGUCUUUUCCGAAAGCCUGCGCUACAUGAAGGAACAUGCUUUGAACACCAUCAAGGAGGCCUCUUUCCACACUGUCUACGACCAGGAGGAGAUCACCUGGGUCGUUACUGUCCCGGCCAUAUGGAGCGCUGCUGCCAAGCAGUUCAUGCGUCUGGCAGCAAAAGAGGCAGGAAUUAUCUCUGACAUGCUCUCUAGGAACCUGAUCAUUGCCUUGGAGCCAGAAGCUGCAUCGCUGUGGUGCAAGCAGCUUCCACAUGAAGGGUUUAUGGCAGACGGCAGUGACAAGAAGAAGUUUGAAGACUCCCCUGGGAUCCAGUAUGUUGUCGUUGACUGUGGAGGUGGCACCAUAGACAUCACAGUACAUGAGAUCCAAGAAAACCAUUACAUAAAGGAGCUACAUAAGGCAACUGGAGGUGGAUGGGGAGGCAACAGAGUGGAUGAAAACUUCAUCAAUUUCCUCAAGGAAAUAUUCAGUGAUGACUUAUGGGAUGAAUAUGUGAAGAAGCACCCUACUGAAUUUCAAAAUAUGAUGUACAACUUCAGCCUACAGAAAUGCUCUGCUAGCAGGGAGGCAGUCUACAUACGUUGCUACUACAACCUGACCAGACUGGCAGAGUCCAAGAAGGACAUCUCCAAGUUCUUUGAAAAAGCAGCAGGAGCUGUGUGGUGCGAUGGGACAAUCAUGAUUACAUAUGAGAAAAUGAAGAGCUUGUUUGACUACAGUAUCAACAAUAUAAUUUUUGCUUUGAGGAAAAUUCUUUGCAAACCUGAGAUGGACAAAGUCCAGUAUAUUUUACUUGUGGGAGGCUUUGCAUCCAGCAUCAUCCUGCGAGAUGCAGUCAGGCAGGCCUUUAGCAGCAAGUAUGACAUCCUUUGUCCCAUGGAGGCCCAGGCAGCCAUUGCAAAAGGGGCUGUUUUAUUUGGAGUUAAUCCACACAUCAUUACCUCAAGAAUCAGCUGUAGGACAUAUGGCUUAAGAAUAUGUGAGAAAUUUGAUGAUGCUAUCCAUGACGCCCGCAAACGGAGGGUCUCAAAAGCUGGUGACUAUGUUUAUUGCACGGAUCUCUUCCAGAAACUGGUGGAAAUUGGGGAGUCAGUGAACAUACAUGAAGCUGCCUGCUAUGAUUUCUUUCCAAUAGAACCAGAUCAAACAAAGGUAAACUUUGCUUUCUAUUGUACAAAAAAGCAGAAUGCUCAGUAUGUGGAUGAGGAAGGGAUGGAACUGCUUGGCUCCUGUUUAGUGCCAUCACCAGCCACGUGGCUGGGGACAAAUCGAAUGCUGAAGGUGGAGAUUCAAUUUGGGCUUACUGAAUUUAAAGCCACAUGUACUGAUGUUACUUCCCAAGCAAGUCGGACAGUUAUAAUGGAUUUUUUAUCUUAUAAUUACUCAUCAUAUUGAACAGGUCUUAGAUGCCUUUUCCAACCAUUAUAAUUCUAACAAUUCUAUGACUUCUAAAGGAUAAAGGAGACAAUUGGACUAAUAAGUCCAUCAUUCAACUUUCUGUUUACACAGGAAGACUACUAGUCUGAUUCUCUGGUUCCUUCCAUUCCUCACCAACACCUCAUUUUCUCUUGUAUCUGACAGCAGGUUUUCCUGCUGCUUUAUCUCAUGCCCUUUUAGCUUGCAUCUCUGAAUACAAUAGUCCACCCACCAAUACAAUCAUCUGUGACCUACCUGUGUUUGGAUGGAAAGCCUCUGGACUGGUGUCUAAUUUCCACAUAAAGCAGCCCAUAGCUGUUUAUUUUAGCCUGAUGUUGUCUUGCAGCUAUGUCUUCUCUUUCUCUGACAUCAGGUCACUUUAUCUGGAGUCCAGGUUUAAUUCUGCUGGGGGUGAUAUUCAGUGGAUUUCUAUUUUCUUCAGAACAUGAUUUAUAUAAACUCUAUGUAAUUAAAGCUCCAGUAUCCUAGACAAGGGAGUUGAGUGACCCAGUCUAGGGGCUUGUGUCUAAAACCUGUGGGAGUGCUGUUUCCAUUAAAUGAUUGGGUGUUUCAAUCUCAUCAGUUGGGCAGAUAUAAAUGCCAGAUUGUAACAUUACAGAUAUGAACAGUGUAUAUGCUGCUGCCUGAUGCCUCUGUCCAGCCCUGGUACUCUGCAUCUCUGAUUUGGGCACGAUAUUUUCUAGAUCUCUAAAAGCUGAUCUCUUUCCUCCUGCCUGCAGCACCUGUGCAAAAGUUGAGCACUGUGAAGGCUUCAUGAGCCUAAAUUUGUCCACAAAAAGGAUGCAGUCCUGCAGUGUGCUGGGUCUGGCUGAGGUGGAGUUAACUUUCUUCAUAGCAACCCUUAUGUUGGUGUAUGGUUUGGCUCCAGAAUGAUGCUGAUAGCACACUGAUGGUUCAGGGUGGGCUGGGGUUUGUGGAGUUGGCUUUCUUUCCCUUUACUAAGGAUGUCAAGUUUCUCUGCUGAACACCAGCCUCCCCCAAUGCAAACUCUUGGUUAGGUGGAUACAGUGCAAGAAAACUCAACACUGUCAUCCUUAUUAGUUAAUGAUCAUGUUAGAGUCACUGCUGGCCGUGUACUGAAUGUUGUUAAUCAUGAGAGCAGCAUUCAGGACUAACCUGCAUAAAAGUGAAAUGAUUUUGAAAUUUUAAAUGUUAAAUUUAAAAUGUUUGUGCAUGCAAUAAAAAUAUUCACAACAAACACCAGUGUGCAUUUCUACCAGUUCGGGUGGUACCACUCUGAACACUCCAUAAGGGCUGUUCUGGGGGCUAAGUCCCAAGAAAAUGAGUAAUCCUGCUUUUUUCUUACUCUUUGCAUUUGGUAUUUUCACCAGUGGAAAGCCCAACAUGGCUCCACCGAGCUCACCAAGGCCCUGGAAUGGGAAGAGAAGUAUGGUCUGGGAAAGUGGCAGUGGGGAAACCUUUCCCACCCAUGUGCCAGGUGGGCUUUGGGAUUCAGACACCGGCAGUCAUGACUGCAGCUCCUAGUUUUGCUUGUUCUGAUGAGCUGGUUAUGUUGAUAACCUCAGACACUGAGCAUGAGCAGAUGCAGGUGUUUGUCCUUUCUGUGAAAGCAGCACUGAGUGUCAGGGUCUUGGGCUAAGCAUCCCUGA